GCUAUUCGUUGCUCUAAGAUGACGUGAAGUUUUAGCCGUACUAGAGUCGUCCCCAGAACGAUCAGCGCGAGAUGGACCCUCGCGCGGGCGCCCGAUCCACUGGCGGGCCCCUUCCAGGCUCUCACCAACACCAGCAUUUCACCGCAUUCAAGCUGAUGAAAGACCCUCAGUUGGAAAAGGUCCCGCAGAAGGUGGUUCGUUAUGACGGCAUCGUUCCAGGGAGCAACCCUCCACUUCCAGUACAGCCGCGAGAUCCCCGAAAUCGGCUCUUCUUUUGGCCGCGAAGUAAAGCGCUGGAACUGGCCGUACCUCGUCUAGCUAUUGACGACAACUACGUCGGUACACCGCCUGCAGUUGAAGUGACUGUGACCAAUCUGAAUGAUAAUGCAAAUGAGGCGUUUCUCGCCGAACAUCUCCGUAAACAUUAUGGACCCGUCGAGGAAGUUGAAGUGUUCCAUCACCCACGUACUCGCCGUCAUCUCGGUGUUGCCCGGGUUACCUUCGCCCAUACACGGGCCGCUCAACUGUGCGUGCACAAAAUGCAUGGUUCUUCCCUCAUGGGCAAAUUGCUCGAAGUGUUUUUCGACCCAUUUGGCCGACGUUGCAAGGUAAUGGUUGAAGAGCUCACUGCGGAGAAACGACCUCUUCCACCGCCUCCGCCUACGCAGGCGCAUCACCCGCCUCCACCAACGGCCAAUCCCCCGCUCGGAUCGACCCAACCGGCGCCGCUACAGACACAAGCAAUGCUCACUGCCGCCAUUGUUGGAGCACCUAUCGACGGAGGCCAUAGCAAUAAUCUAGCAGGCGUACCCGGUGCAGCUGUCGGUAGCUCCAGCGCCGCUGUAGGCCACGCGUCGGGGGGUGGGAGCUCUUUGAGCGGAGCGGCACCUGCUCCAGUUGUAGUUCCUCCACCGUCGCGGACUCUUCCAUUUGCUGCGAACAAAGAGUUAUUUAGCGGUUCGCGGAACUCGAGACGAUCACCAUCUAGCUCUCCUGAACGGCCGUAUGAACGCUCCUCGAAGUACGCAUCACGGAGUUCAGCCGGUGGCGGAAGCAGCGAUCAGCGGCAGUCACUCGAGUCUCGACUCGAGAUGCUCUUUAACAAGGGUCAAGCAAAUAGGGCUAAGCCCCUACCGCCGCCAAAAAAGCCCCGACCAACUCCACCCCCGUCGCCUUUCCGUAAUAAACGGACCUACCUUAAAUGGCAACGGUAUACGCGUUUACGAAAGGAGAAUCGGCUAUCCGACUGGAAUUCGUCGUCUUCCAUGUCUGACAUCAGUGGCUCGUCAGAUAGCGAUUCGACGCCAGUCUACGACGAGAAAGUACCCAAACUGCCCGGCGCGGAAUCACUUUCGGAAAGUUCGUUACCAGACGAUGACGACCAGAUGAGUUUAAGUCCAUUAAGCUCUGGCGAACCAGAAGUUCCUCGGACACAGACACAGUCGCAGGCCCAACCCCCACCACCGCCGGCUGUACCCCAACCUCCCCAGCCUCCAGCGCCUCCUGUUAGCCAACCCGCGUAUCUAGUUGGCUAUGGCCAACAGGGCAUAUACGCACACACCGCGCAACCACCUCCACCGGUACCUGGAGCGCCAGCCGUGUCACCCUAUUCAAUUCCGCCCCCUCCACCAGGGGCACCACCCCCUCCUUUUGCCUACCCUCCACCAACUUUUGCUCAAUACACGCCUACUGCACCCCCGCCUCCGCCGCCUCCUGUCCCACCGUACUCGACAUCAGUACCUCCCCCACCAUUGCCGAGUACUCAUCAGUUCGCUUCAAUAUGGCCUCCUAGUCAGCAACCAAACAUUUGUCUCGACGAUAAAGACCCGACGAUCAAUCAGGUCCUCAAUUCGCUUAUCACCGAACUCAAGCAAAUUAUGCGGAGGGACAUCACGAAGAAGAUGAUCGAGAUGAGCGCGUUCUCGAAAUACGACCAGUGGUGGACAGAGAAUGCAACUCGGGAAAAAGCUAACAAAGAGCAGUUAGCCGAGCCCCGAGAAGCUGCGGAAACUGCUGCUAAAGGUGGCAUAAAGGCUACUAGACCGGAGCCAGCAGUACCAACCCUAUCGACACUAUUCGGCGGCCACGCUGACCCAACAGCAGCAGGCUUCGGCUCACUGCGUAUGGCGCUACCAAAAAUGCCCUCAUUCCGUCGAGCUCGACCGCCCCCUCUUAUUAGGGAUGAUAACGCCGAUGACUCGGAUCGGCUUGAGUCAAUCUCGGAAGGAGAACUGUCCAGCGAUCUCGACUCACCCGCGAGAAACGCCAACCGGCAACAGUCGCUUGCAUCACGCAAGAAACGUCGGCGGAGUGAUACGAGUUCAGAGGAAAGCAGUCGAACAAGCGAUAGCGAUGAUGAGCCGAUUCGACUUCCAGUUCGAAAACCCACACCUCCACCUUUGGUGGAUGAAAAUUGUAGUGACAUCUCUACUAGUGAUGAUCUCAGCGAUGAUGGCGAUAGCUCGAAGAAAUCUAAGAAGAAGAUGUCAGUUAAAGAAAUAUAUUCAACAUCUUCCGAAGAAGACGAUGAUGGCCCGUUAGUUCGAAGGAUUGUUUCGGAUGACGACAAGUCACAGGAUGCGGACUCCAAACGGCCCAAAAAGAAAGAGGUUCUGUUGGUCAAUCAAGUAUUUACCGACUCCGAGUCUGACGUCGAAGAAGAGCCAUCUAGUCCCAAGGAGGCCAAGGACGAAGAGGAAGCCGAAGAACCCACAAUCGAACCGAUGGAGGCCGACGAGGAAAGCCUCUUCGAACAUCCUGAAAUGACUAAAGAACCGAGUGAACGGCUUCCGUCACCCAUAGUCAAGCCUGUUUCUCCUAAAGAGGACUCGGUUCUCAAAGUGAUGCCCGACAAGGAGGAACUCAGGCCAGAGCUCGUCGAAGAGCCAGACGAAAAAAUCGGUAUAGGCAGCGGUACCGAAAGCGGUGCGGAAAAUGCUAAGCCAUCUUCUGAACCUGUUCCGGAGCCAGCGCAAAGUGCAGCUCCUAAGCGAAAGAAGGCAGUUAGUAAGAAGGACAAGCUGCAGGACAAACGAAGACUUGAAAUUGACGUAGUGGGAACAGAGGAUGUGGAGAAUGCUGAUCCAUCAAAGGACACAAAUGUUGAGAUGAAAGAAGAAGGUGGUGAUCCAGUGUAUAUCGAUCACUGCUAUUGCCUACCUAAGGCUGAAGAACCGGAACCGCCUGCCAAGAAAAAACGAGAGUAUAAGCGAAAGCCUAAGCAAGAAAGAUCUUUCCGUGAACUCACAGCUCUCUUCGACUCAACGCACCAGACUGCACCUAAACCGCGCAAAGCCACGAAAGCGGAUACAGGCGGGUUCAGAGCUCGCCUCGACGAGGAGGAAGAGGAAAUUCUUUACAAGUGCCUCAAAACUGGCAUCGAUGCUGAGGAUGUGCAGUACUUAAAGCGGACUUAUGAUAUGCUUCUACUGGAUGAAAAGAACGGCGCGUGGUUGAACGACACGCACUGGGUAGACCAUGUACCCACGAAUAUCCCGAACUUUAUCAAACGCAGAAAGGACGCUCGCAGAGUACAUGUAACAGGAUGUGCCAGAUCCGAGGGGUAUUACAAAGUUGACUCGUUGGAGAAGCAACAAUACAAGGCUUCGCAUGUGCAAACUCAUGAAUCGGCGAACCAGUCUGCCAAGCCCCCAGUGGCGGCCUCACAGACCACUUCCCGAGAAGCUCGUUCCAAUCAACGUCGCCUAUUAACCAUUUUCCAGGAAGCACAAGCCCAGUCCGACUUGCUCAAAUUUAACCAGCUCAAGUUCCGCAAGAAACAGUUAAAGUUUGCGAAGUCGAAGAUCCAUGACUGGGGUCUAUUUGCUCUCGAACCGAUCGCCGCAGACGAAAUGGUUAUCGAAUAUGUUGGCCACUGUGUGCGAUCUAUUGUUGCAGACUUCCGCGAGGUGCAGUAUGCGAAGAUCGGCAUUGGGUCGUCCUACCUCUUUCGGGUUGAUCAAGAGACGAUUAUCGAUGCAACGAAGUGCGGAAAUCUUGCACGAUUCAUAAAUCACAGUUGUACUCCAAAUUGUUAUGCCAGAGUAAUUACGGUCGACGGUGAGAAAAAGAUCGUCAUAUAUUCAAAGAGAGAUAUAUCGGUGAACGAGGAAAUUACCUACGACUACAAGUUCCCGAUCGAAGACGAGAAAAUUAAAUGUCUCUGCGGUACACCUCAGUGCCGAGGUUACCUCAAUUAAAAGAAUCAUCUGUGAGCUUUAGUCAGGACACUGAAGCUACUAACGAAACCCAUCUAAUCAUUUGGCGGCGAACUGAAAUCCUGCAGAUAAACUGAUGAUAACCGUUAAGUCAUUUGGAUCGUCAAUAUCUGCUCUAUAAGAACCAUAGACAGAC